GAGGCCCUCUCACGUCGCCGCCGCCACGCUCCACUCGCUCUCUCCCACUCCCUCUCUCUCUCUCGCGGCGGCGGCGGCGAUGGCGACGGUCGCGGAGGACGUGGAUUUCGCGGAGUACGGCCGGGUCGACGACGACGAGGACGACGACGGGAUGGACGAGGACGACGAGGCCGCGGCGCGCGCGCUCCCCGUGCCCCACAUCGCCACCCCCGCCUCGGCCCGCGCGCGGGGACGCUUCCUCGGCCGCAGCGCCUCCGUCCUCGCCUCCAGCCGCGACCGCUUCGACUCCAUCCCCAGCUCCCCGCACGGCGGCCCCCAGCGCUCAAUUGAAGGAUGGAUAAUACUUGUCUCGGGUGUGAAGGAAGAUGCAGAAGAAAGUGAUAUAUACGAUGCUUUCUGUGACUUUGGUCAUGUCAAGGACUUGCAUUUGAAUCUGGAACGCCGCACUGGAUAUGGAAAGGGAUAUGUAUUGGUUGAAUAUGAAAGCUUUGAGGAAGCACAAACUGCAAUCAGAGCAAUGGAUGGGAAGCAGCUGUUAACAAAGACUAUCCAUGUUGAUUGGGCAUUCAACAGAGGUCCCAUCCAAAAGGUCACGAGUACGAGGCCAGUACGCGGACGCUCUAGGACUCCACCUCGCAGGCUCGCUGCGUUGACAUACUGAAGGGGGGACUACUAGGGCUGCAAUCUCUGACCAGUCGUGGUGGAUGUUUUUUUUGGGUAGUUGCCAGGAAUCGCUAGAUUUGGUGUUAACCAUCGUCUUUGGCAGUAUGCAGUAACUGAAUGAACGGAGUAUCGUCCAGAACCGAGUCUGAUUCUGCUGGCCUGAUUUUAUCUGUACUAAGCUUGUUCAGCUUAGCUCCCAGACUUUGAUAUUGAUCGCUUGAUGGAGGUCUGGCAAUCCAACUGAGAACCAUUUUGUU